AUGUGCCGCUUCUCGUUUUAUGAACUUCAAUUAAACUCGUGGGACAAAGCACCAAUUCCGCUCGCCCAGGUGAACUGCAAGGGUGAUAACCUCUUGGUCCUUGCUACACUAGCAGGCUGCAGGCCCAUUUGUGGGAAACUCAUACAGCGAAACGUCGACGUUAACAUGCAGAUUGGGCAAUAUGGGAGUGCCCUAGCAGCAGCAGCAGCAGGAGGCGGAGAAGAACACGUGAAAAUCAAGACCGGUAAUUAUGGCAGCGCCCUCGCAGCGGCAGCACAAAACGGAAACCUUGACACCGUCAAGUCCCUUAUUGAGCAGGGCGCAGAUGUGAACCUUCUACUCCAGACUGGACUGUACGGCAGCGCAUUAGCUGCUGCCGCCUACUGGGGUCAAAAGGAGGGUGCAAAGAGUCUAAUGAAUGCUGGCGCAAAGCUGAAUCUCAAGCUGGAAAAUGGGUUUCAUGUUUCCGCUCUGCAUGCUUCACAGGCGAAUAUCCCUUGGAAAAUUCGAAACAGCUUCAACGGGCAGGAAAAGAGGAAUGAAAAAGAACUGGAAAGGGACAAAUUGGAAGUGGAAGAGUUGCUUAGACAUGCUGGCGCGGUGGAUGAGGAGGAGUGCUACCUAGUUUAG